GGAAAACAGCCAAUCAAAUCUGUGAGAUGACGUCACUGUUCCGUGGGCUUCCGUAUGUUCUCGGCAUUUUCCGAACGUCCGAAUUGCCCCAUAAUUUUAAAAUAGUGUGAAUUUUUACAAUAGUCGAAAGUUUAGGAUUGUGAGUCUUGAUAUAUUUCGAUAUUUUUUAAAAUGUCUGAAGUAGGAUGGGAUGAAACUACUUAUUUAAGAAAGAGACCUCCGAAAGCGACUGAAAUGCGCUCACAACAGGCAGUACAAGCUGCUCGAAGGGAAGGAAAAGCAGUUGACACAUCAAAGAAAUUUUCAGCAGGACAAAACAGACAACACUCGUCCUCAAAGGAUAGUGCUAAACUGGAUCGAGAGACCGAAGAACUUCAUCAUGAAAGAGUCUCAUUGGAUGUGGGGAAAUUAAUUCAAAAAGGAAGGAUGGAGAAGAAAAUGAGUCAGAAGGAUUUAGCCACGAAAAUCAACGAAAAACCUUCAGUAAUCAAUGAUUACGAAGCUGGUAGAGCAAUACCAAACAACCAGAUAAUGGGAAAGAUUGAAAGAGCGCUAGGUAUAAAGUUAAGAGGUAAAGAGAAAGGCCGACCAUUGGCGACAAAAAAAUGAUUCAAAACAUCUUUAUUCCUCAUAAAUAAUGGUGAUGGCUCAGUUAAAAUACACAUAGAUAUUUUCUUGUGUUGCUUUUGUAAAUUUUUGUUAAUAUAAAAUUGCACUCGAUCAAAA